CGGGGCCGCCUUCCCUGUCCCGGCUGCGGCCCCUGCCGGUUACAUAAUCUGUCGCGGGGGACCCCGCAGUCCCAGGUCCGGCUUCCCGGCUCCUCCAGGAUGCGCUGAGCCUUGCGACGCCGUCCUCUGCUGCCGGCUCCCGUCCGAGAGUUUGAUGCUGACCUGUGCUGACUAGCAUAGAGUGUGCUAGCGAGACUGCCUCAGAAAGACAUUUUUCCCAUUUGUUCCAGAAACGGGGUUGAUUUGGGCACAAAGGCUUGGAAAUAGGCUCCCUUCAGAGCACGGAGACUUGUUUUUUAAGAGGGAUGCUGUGUGGAAAUAGAGAGGUGUGAAUGACAGAGGUGGUGCCUUCCAGCGCCCUCAGCGAGGUCAGCCUGCGCCUCCUCUGCCACGAUGACAUAGACACUGUGAAGCACCUGUGUGGCGACUGGUUCCCCAUCGAGUACCCAGACUCAUGGUAUCGUGAUAUCACAUCCAACAAGAAGUUCUUCUCCCUUGCUGCAACCUACAGAGGUGCCAUUGUGGGAAUGAUAGUAGCUGAAAUAAAGAAUAGGACCAAAAUACAUAAAGAGGAUGGAGAUAUUCUAGCCUCCAGCUUCUCUGUGGAUACACAAGUUGCAUACAUCCUCAGUCUGGGAGUGGUGAAAGAGUUCAGGAAACACGGCAUAGGUUCCCUUUUACUAGAAAGUUUAAAGGAUCAUAUUUCAACCACCGCCCAGGACCACUGCAAAGCCAUCUACCUGCAUGUUCUCACCACCAACAAUACAGCAAUAAACUUCUAUGAAAACAGAGACUUUAGGCAGCAUCACUAUCUGCCCUAUUACUACUCCAUUCGAGGGGUCCUCAAAGAUGGCUUCACCUAUGUCCUCUACAUCAAUGGCGGCCACCCUCCCUGGACCAUCUUAGACUACAUCCAGCACCUGGGCUCAGCACUAGCCAACCUGAGCCCGUGCUCCAUCCCUCACAGGAUCUACCGCCAGGCCCACAGCCUGCUCUGCAGCUUUUUGCCAUGGUCCAGCAUUUCCACCAAAGGUGGCAUUGAGUAUAGCCGUACCAUGUAAUGCCAUUGGGGCAGCCUCCACCAGGCCUCUGUCCUCAGCACUUUGUGGAACCUAUUUUCCUGUCUGUCUGACUUCUGCUGUCCUUUUCGAGGAGCUGGUAGCCACCUGCCGGCCCAUCAGCCUGCCCCAGCUGCAGGCCCGGUGCUAUGUUGGCUCAGGAGCAGAAUGUAUAAUACUGGUCAUCAACAGGUUCUCCUCUCACCUGGAGUCCUUGUCCUGCCUCCAUGCCCUGGCACCACCCAAUGGCCUGGCAGCUGUGUCUACAUUCACUGGGAAAGGGCUUGCCAGGCUUCUCCUCUGCCUCCUGCUCCUUCAGCUCCUUCCUACAAGAUGGACUGAACUUUGCUGAAAACAUGUGGACAUUUUUUGACCCCGAAGACACAGGAACCUUAGAAUAAAGAGGCACAGCAAGGAGAAUGGCAGUUUUUGUUUAGGAGUGCCCUAAAGAAGCUUACAUGAUGGAAACGGUUCCUACUCCUCCAUGAAAGGCUGGAAACUGGGGAAAGAGAAAGAGGGGCUGGCCCUUCACAAUAACUUAAAAGCUUCAGAAACUAGUCUUCUCCACAGACACUUAGAUGGACAGUUCCCUGUUCCCAGUGUUCUACUGCCCGCUUCUUCUUGUCCAGAAGGAUCAUCCUGCCUGUUGAAUCCUGGCAUGCUCCACAUAGCUGACAUACACUUGGAGCUGGGCCAAGGACAGGUAGCUGUUGGCUUCUGGGUUCCUUCCCUGCUUAUCCUUCUAGAAGCUGAAACUUGAAGGCCUGGGUCAGUGCACAGGAGGAGGCUGAGCUCUAUGUUGGCAUCUCUGCUACUGUGGACCCAUGGGACCUGGCCUUGGGAGCAGAGGGCAGCUGGUGCCUGUGGGCCUUCAGCCUCUGAGGCAGAGCCUCUGUCAGUACCAUGAAUUCUGCUUGCAGCAGACAUCUCAAGUUUCCAGCAUCUUUUCCCUUGUGCCCCCAAGUGUUCGCUGUCACAGUCCUGCCCAGAAUUGCUGCAGUGUUACAGGAGCCUGUCAGGGUGUCCUCACAGCCCCUCACUAUCCCAGACUGAUGAAAAACAGCUUUAUUGACAGGCCUCAUUACUAAAUGUUUCCCUCCCUCAGCAUCUCCUGGCUCAGGGCUCUCAGGCUAUAGAGCCAGCUAAAGGCUGCCUGGCCUCAGAAAGGGAAGGGUCUCCACAAAGGAAGGCCAAGGCAGUAAAGUAUCCCCCUUCCUCAACAGAACUAGCCAGCAGGUGGCCAGUCCUGACUGGUUUUGGUUCUGUGCUGAGGCCCCAGCCCCACAUCCUCUCCCUUUUCAGUCAGUGAUGAUCAUGUGAUUUUCAUUUCUGCCCUGUGUAGUCAAGGAAGAGUCUUCCAGAAGGUUCUGACAUGGGCAUUCAUAAAUCCAACUCAAAGGCCUCAACCUGUCUCCCUUUAGUCCCAUAAUUAUUGCAGUGUCCAGCCCAGUGUUGAACAAAUCGUAGCGUGUAGUCUCAUUACAAAUAAAUAAAUAGACUUUCACUAGUCUCA